AUGAAACUUUACAGUCUCCUGCUUCCGUCACUGGCCCUGGCAUCGCGCUUGAACUCGCAAUGCACAUCCCCGCAGGACCUUGCGAAUGAGGAUAAUACUUACGACUAUGUCGUGACAGGCUCUGGUCCUGGUGGAGGCACAAUUGCGACCAAUCUCGCUCGCGCAGGACACUCUGUGCUCCUGAUCGAAGCUGGGAGCGACGCAACCUCGGACAUCCGCACCCAGAUCCUGUCUCUCAACAGCUUCAGCAAUGAGGGCGUGACGUGGCACUUUUUCGUGCGCCACACGGAUGAUGAGGAGCGCACGAAGCGCUACAACUUGUUGGUAUGGAGACUGACGAGUGGUGAGUACUGGGUAGGCCGCGAUCCCACUGUCGAUGGACACAAAAAUGCGACAAGAUUGGGUAUUUUCUAUCCCCGUGGCGCAACUCUGGGUGGAAGUGCUAUUGUAAAUGCGGCGGCGACGUUUUUGCCUAGUGAUAGCGAUUGGGACUACUUCGACAAGGGCGUUGGAGAUGGCAUUUGGAAUGGAAAGAAAAUGCGCCGCAUCUUCGAGAGGAUCGAGCACAACAACUACUUGCCGGCCAAUACCAGCGGCCACGGCUUCAAUGGCUGGCUUCAAACCAACGUAGCAGACGCAAAGGCAUAUGCAGCAAGUACUAUUCGUAACGGUGUUUUCCAGGCAGCGUUGAAGAUGAUUGGAUGGAACCCUGACUUAGUACUCGACUACUUGAUCAGCGACGGAAACUAUCUCGGUCCUACACGCGACCAGGACCAGGGACUUUGGGGCCUACCUUUCCACGUAACGAAGAAUUGGAAGCGCUUCAGCCCGCGUGACUACAUCUUGGAGACACUGAACGUCACGUCUGACAAUGGCAGUCCAAAAUAUCCUCUACAUCUCCACCUCAACUCCUUAACCACCAAAGUCCUCUUCGACGAGUGCGGUGGUAACGGGACGAAGCCCCAGGCAGUUGGCGUCGAAUAUCUCCAGGGUCGCUCCAUCUUCCGUGCAGACCCUCGUCACAACUCCACCACCACUGGCAUCAAGAAGCAAGCCUUCGCCCGAAAAGAAGUCAUCGUCUCUGGUGGAACAUUCAGCUCUCCCCAACUCCUCCAACUAUCCGGCAUCGGCCCCAAAGCCCUGCUCCAAAAAUUCAACAUCUCCGUAGUCUCCGACCUCCCAGGCGUCGGCCGAAACCUCCAAGACAACUACGAACUCCCCAUCAUCGGUCACAGCCAAGUAGACAUCAGCGACAAAGUUGAUCCCAAUGCCCCAGCCUGCACCUUCGGCGCCCCAGGCGAUCCCUGUGUCGACCUCUGGCGCAACGGCUCCGGCCCCUACGCGCGCGGCGGCUCCAACGCCAACGCCUUCCUCCUCAAGACCGCCCACGCCGUCGAGGACGAACGCGACAUGUUCCUCUUCUCGACCGGCAACUUCGCCUUCGACGGCUUCGCCCCGGACACCAAGCAAAACACAUCCGCCGGCAGCCCCAACACCUUCUCCUGGUCGACCGUCAAAAUGCACCCACAAAACCGCGCAGGUGUGAUCCAGAUCCAGUCCGCCGAUGCGCUGGACCCGCCCGAUGUCAACCUGAAUUACUUCGCCGAGGGCGCGGAGACGGACCUCAGCUCGAUCCUAGACACGAUUGCGUUUGUCAGGAGGGCGUAUCGGGGUACCGCUGCGCCGGCUGGACCGCUCGAGGCGGUUUCGCCGCCGUGUCCUGCGGCGGAUGUGCUGGACUCGGGGUACUGCAGGGACGUUGAGGUUGACAAGCAGUGGAUUCAAGACCAGGCGUUUGGACAUCACCCCACGAGCACGAACUCCGUGGGACCGGAUUCGAACCCGCUGGCUGUGCUGGACACGAGGCUUAGGGUGCGUGGUGUGCAGCGCUUGAGAGUGGUGGAUGCUUCGGCGUUUCCCCGGGUUCCGGGGGCGUUCCCGGCGGUCGCGACGUAUAUGCUGUCGGAGAAGGCGACGGAGCUUGUGUUGGAGGAUGCGAACAAGUUUUAGAUAUAUGUGCUGACGAUG